AUGGCUGCAAUGAUGCCUCACCACGAUGAGCCUUUUCCUGACGAUGCUUCCUUGGCUGCAUCUCUAGAGGACUUUGAGGCACAAGAGAAACGUUCGCCUAUGUUUGGCAUUCCUUCACAGCACUCGGGCUUCAGGUCGGAGCAAGACGAUUCAGAAGCAGGCUCGGCCAGCCAUGCGCCAUGGAGUCCUCCAGGCUUCAGAGCACAAGCUAGGUUGUCGAAUGCAAGUUCAUGGUUCAGACAAGACCCAUAUUCGAGAAUGCCUCACCUAAGACCGUCCACGAGUCCCUCUCGAUCGAGGCACACAAGUCCAGAAUACCAGGAUGCAUGUGAGCAAGAUAAUGAUGUAACAAUAGCCGCGAACAUACCUCUUCCACCUGGCACAGAUUCACCUCUCAAAGGACGUUCGCCAGAACCAGAAGAACCACCAGAAGAUAUGCUGAGAGCAUUCGACAAGAAGCCACAGAAGGAUAACGAGAAUAACUACAUCAGAUUCGCUAUGCGCGCCGAAGUACAACAUAGAGAGCCAUUCGUGCCUUUCAUGAAUUUCAUCAAGAGCAAGAUCGAUUCGGCGACAAAGACAAAAUCCUCGACAAUAUUCUCUAUUCUUAUCGGACUACUCUCAUUAUCGAUGAUCAGGGUCAUUCUUGUACCUCCUGUCCCACCACCGGUACCUGAUUUAGUCAAAUUAUCAACCAUGGCCAAGUCAUUCGAACCACUAAUCUUCUAUUCAGAGAACGGAUAUGGCCAGAUCAUUGCGCUACAAGAGACAAGCGUGGCAGUCUGGGAUCUUGGCGAGUCAGUACGAGCUGCGAAUAUGACAUCAGCACCAUUGAUUGUGCGCAGUUUGGAUGAGCUUUCAGACACACUCAAGACAUUAGGACUGGAGUUGACACGUUUCUUCGCCGACGUUGACUCAGAUGUCGAUGGUAUUCUGCUAGUUAUGGAUUGGGCGAAGAGGGAACUGGCGGGUUUGAAUGGCCCCGGAGGAACAGCAAUAUCUGGAGUCAUCUUUGAUCGUGUGCACGGCCUGCUAAAUCGUGGUGGGUUGCUCGAGGGACCAGGUGGACCGACAGCAAUAGGCAAACUGCUUACUGACAUUUUCGGUGCAAGCUCGCCACAAAGAACAAGAUCGAUGAUGACCAGAACUUUCAACGAGUUUUUGAACGUACUCGAAGAAGCUAUCAAUAGUGAACUAACACAUUCCACAGCACUAUUUGCACUCUUCGAGACUAUCGAUCGACAGUUUCUCAACUUGCAACGAACAGUGGUCCGAGAAACAGACACACAAGAACAACUCGAAACUGAUAUGCUCUCUUCACUUUGGACACGAUUGAUUGGGGCCAAUGCCGCUGCACUCCGAAAGUAUGAGAAGAACAAGCAAUUAUUAUCGAGUGUGCGAUCGAGGACAGUCAGCAACAAACACCUGAUUAUGGAGCACCACGGUCGACUGCAGACGCUGAAAGUCAAUCUUGAGACUUUAAGACGAAAGCUGGUCAGCCCACUUGUUAGGCGGAACGAUUCAGUCUCGAUAGAUAAUGCUAGUGUGGUCGAGCAGCAGAUACGCGGUCUGGAAGGGACGUAUGAUUAUCUCAAAGAUGUGAGGGACAAGCAGAAGAGUAAGUUGAUGGAGAUGGUGUAUGGAGCCAAGGCUGGUAAAACGAAAUUGGUAGGUGGGCUAGAGGGAAUUGGUAUUGAGGAUAAGUGA